GGAAUGGCGUUGGAAAAACAACUUAUUGCUUCUAUUGACAAAUCCUCAUAACUGUUAGGUCCCAUGCGAAGUUGGAUGGUAGGGAGAAGAAGAAAUUUAGUUGCCAAUGAAGUUGGCUUUCUUGUUUGAGAAGUUUAAAAAUUUCCGCUUCUAUAUUUGUGUGCAGCUAAAGGAAACUGAGGAAAUGAUUGCAGAUGUUCUUGGAGUAGAAGUGUUCAGGCAGACAAUUGCUGGUAACAUCCUUGUGGGUAGUUACUGUACCUUCUCUAAUAGAGGUGGCUUGGUUCACCCACAUACAUCCAUCGAAGACUUAGAUGAACUUUCAACACUCCUUCAAGUACCUUUGGUGGCUGGGACAGUGAACCGUGGAAGUGAAGUGAUCGCUGCUGGGUUGACUGUUAAUGACUGGACAGCAUUCUGUGGGUCAGACACCACAGCAACUGAACUCUCAGUUAUUGAGAGUGUUUUCAAGUUGAGGGAAGCUCAACCUAGUGCCAUUGUGGACGAGAUGAGGAAAUCAUUAAUUGACACCUAUGUCUAAGACUCUUAUACUUUCAUCACAGUCUUGUCCGAGUCUUUAUUUGUUUUUAUAAAGUUGAAUGAGUUAAAGACUUUAUUUAUUUGAUAAUAUCUCUUUUAUGCAAGAAUGUUGUAUAUCUUUAAGAAGCAUCUAAUUUUGGGCUGUCACCAUGAGGAGAUGUAUAUUUUCCCUUUGUUAUGCCUGUUAUACUUUGUUUUGUUGUGUAACUUGUGUUGGUUGAAAGUUGUAAUUUCUUCAGUGGCACUGGACAA